AAAACCUGUAGAAAGUUUUAAAAGAAUUUCAUUUUGUUAGAUAAGCCAGAAGUAUUAACACUUGCUUUUGUCUCUUUUUCUGGAAUUAGAGAAUGCGCAUCGACCUUGCUGAUGAGAAGAAAGCAAUUGAGGCAACUGUCCAUUAUCUCCUUUGCUUCACGACGAUAGGUGCCGGAGGUGUGGGUUUGGUCUAUGAACACAAAUAUUCUUUGGACCGGCAGAAUCAAACUCGCUUGGAAAUAGAGAAAAUUUUGCAAAAACACAUGCAAGGAAUCUCGCAAAGAAUGGAAAAAUCCGAACAAAAAAUCAAUCAAAUCAGGCAUAAAUAUCAAGAAAUCAAUCAAAUCAGGCGUGGAUUUCCAAUUAUCAACCACGUGACAGACGCGAUGCGGGCGGAUAUGGAGCUCUGGUCAAGGCAAUCAACUAUGAAAAAUAUGACUGACGGCAGUUGAUGAUCGAAGAUGUAAACCCGUUGCUGACUUAGGUAGUGAAGGAAAGAAGGUGACUUAGCAUUGUAAUCUGUUGCGUGUUAAUUAAUGAUACUAUUUCCUCGCUCGUAUUCACUGAAUUAUUAGUGUUCUCUGUGUUUUAUCUACCCACUUCUCCUUGGAACGCUGUCAAUUCUACUCUAAACAACUCGCCUUACUCUUUAUUUGCGGUUCUAUUCUUGA